AUACGUUUGGCUAAAGAACAAUGUAUCAAAAAUGCUGCUCAUUGUGCAUUCGAAUUCUCACCGAAAUUACAAUCGGCUCUUAAACGUACGGUCAGUUUGCCUACUUCACUGGCCACUCUUUCGUUUCUUACGUUUCCUAGGGCAUUUGCUCGUUCAGGACAAGCUUAA